GCAGGCUAAAUAGAUGCAUACAUACAUAUAGAUUUUGUUAUAGUAAGAAUCUUGCCGAAACCUGCAGGAAUUUCGCGCUUCUUGUUUGUGGCACGGGCGCCAAAACAUCAAAUUGGAACGGCAACAUAUGUGUGUAAUGAUUAUUGUUUUGCUAACGGUUCAGUUGAGGCAGUGUUGUAAAGCGGUGGAGGCGGUAGCGGCGGCGCAAUCAUGGCACGCAAGGACGAUCCUGUGUUCAACGUGAAAUUUGUACAGCUUGUUGAAAGCCAAGCUUGCCUAUGGAAUACUACACAUCCUGGCUAUAGCAAGAAGGAGGAGGUUCAAAAGGCCUGGCAACAUGUGGGCAACGAGAUAAAGGACACUGUGCGAAAUUGCCGAGAACGCUGGCGCACCAUACGCAGCAGCUUCCUACGCUCCCUUAAACUGGCUCGCACUCAAACGGGGCGUGGCAAACGGAAAUAUUACCUGUCGAAGUACCUGCAAUUCCUAAUACCCUACACAAAAUCGCGUGCAUGCCUGAGGCAAGUCGGCAACAAUAAUCCAAAUGGUAUGGUGUUGCGCAAGCCCAGUACGUCAACGGCGGCAGCUUCGUUUAUGGCCAACGCUGCCGCAUUGACCACGCAACCGAUGACGCGAAUCAACCACGUGAACCUCAUGGAGCACCGCAGAGAAGGGGACGGUGGCGAUGACGACAACACCAAAGACAGCAAGGCAAGCAAAGGCGGCGACUGUGAGGACAGCGGCGCAGGAAUUGCAGAGGCUGGCCUGCCGCUGGACGUGCAGGUCUCGUUGCAGGAGGAGGAAUCCGUCGCCCCGGUGUCAUCACCUACGGCCACGACAUGCAUCCCAUUGCGUCUGCACGCCAUUAAAAUCGAGCAGCAGCCUAGCAGCGGCAAUGGCAAUCUGAUUGCCACGCAGCUACAACAGCAUCAGCACCAGCACCAGCAUCACCCCCAGUCGCUGAUUACGCUGCCCGUGUCCAUGGCCCAUGCCUUGCGGAGCAACAUGGACUGGGCGGAUCUCGCGGAGUGGUUGAAGAGCAACAGCCACGGUCUCGCUGGCAGCGGUGGCGGAACCGGAGGCGCUGGCAGUGGCAGUAACAAUGUUACAUUGCCUCCUAACCACUAUGCCCAUCUCCACAAUAUGAACGGGAGAGUGGCCACGCCCCCGCCAGCUGCUUCGACGCCCACGACUGCACCCGCACCAGCGCUGCCCACGCCACCGCCCCCGCCGCCAGCACCCGAUGCGGACUACUCCUUUCUGAUAAGCCUGCAUCCGUAUUUAAAGGAGAUGAGUGGUAAACAGAAUCGUCGCUUUCGCCAGAAAGUGGUUGGCCUCAUCGAUACUGUGCUCGAUAAUGCGGAUGUCUGAAGCUUCUGCUUUAGUUUAUAAUCAAAAUCGGAACCAAGCAAUCAACCAAUUUACCAUUUGUGCCCAUUUGUUAUACACAUAAUUCAUAGUACAUACAUACAUAUAUAUAUAUAUAUAUAUAUAUAUAGAUAUUGGUAUACCAAUGUGUCCUGUACCCACAUAGUUUACAAGUACAUCUAAAAUUAAGGAAGCGUCUUCGACCCUUAAAGUAUAUGUAUGUAUAUUCGUACAAGUAUGUAUAUAUGUAUGUACAUAUGUAUACUUGUAUAUAUGCGCUAUUUAAGGUGUAACCCAAAGUAAAUAGGACAUUUAAAAAUAUGACUUUCACAAAAUUAUGAUCUUUUGCUUUAGUUUGAAAAACAUCCCGUCAAAAAUUUUAUAAUUUUAAUUUAUUUUUUAUGUAAUCGGAUGAAUAGAAACCGAGAUCUCAAAUAUUAGGUUCUGAUAAUGCUUGACAAUACCGAAUACAGUAUGUUAAGUAAGAGCGUGUGGCGCGUAUUUUCAAAACACUUUAUUUUUAAACAACUUUUUGCACAUGAUCUUAACAAUUGUGCUCAGGAGCCAUUCGCAAUUGCAUUAUCAAUAUUAUCAAUCAUCACAUCCAGAGUCAAUAAUCGCUUUCGACCAAUUCUUCAGCAUAUUCGAUUGGAAGUGACUCCCAAAUUCGUCGAAUGUGACGGAAGUUGCUCAAGAGCUAAUAGUCGUUUUCCCUGAAACUUAUGCUUUAUAAAUUUGCAAACAUUUCCAAUUGGAAUGACAGCCGGGGACUGUGAUGCUCAAUCCUCCAGUCGCGGUGAUUCUCAAUUGCUCAUGCGGAACGUUUCGACGUGUUAUUAGGCAACAUUGGCUUUGGCCAAAAUCAGUUUUACAAGUACCUUUCCUUUACAGCUGCUACAUGAGACAUUUUUAGACCUUUUGGGUGAUAAAAGAUGAACAUAACCUCAAACCAUUGCAAAACACGUGUCAAUACGUCAAAAUCUCAACAUUAAAUCCAAUUGUUCCAUGAAAGCUCCAAACACAAAAGCUCCAGCUAACUGUACAAAAAAGUUUUUGAAGCUGGCCUACUCUAAUCGUAAAUCAAUCGAAAAAAAGAAAUUUUUCUUAUCGGUGAACACUUUUAUGCUAAUUUUAUGGAAAAAAAAAAAAAAUUUUAACCGUCAAUCACUCCACAGAUCUGCCUGAAUUGGCCCGUGUGACUAUUACCAUUUCGGAAAGUUGUACGAGUAUUAUCCUACUCAGAUGGACGCACCGAGUUGUGUUGAGUUGAAAGAUGUUUUUCUUAUUUUUAAAAAGCCAGCUUUACUUUGGAGUAGAUCUAACCAUGUUAGGUUUCCGAAUAAACUCUUGGAUUUUUAUUUUUGUUUGUAUAGUUUUGACAUACCCAACCAAUAUUUCACAUCUAAAUUAUUCACACUAAGUAGUAAAUACUAUCCGUACAUGGAUAUGUAGGAACAUACAUAUAUGUGUGGUAAAGGGUACAGGGUAUAUUACAUGGUCGGGAAACUCGACCCUAACAUUAUAUUUUGUUUUUGCUUAUCAUUGAAAGUCACAUUGUUAUUGUAUUAGAAUCCAUUGACAUAUACCAGUAAUUUUAAGACUAUAUAUCUGAUAAAUGUGCGUAUUACAUAUAUAUAGUAUGUGUCUAUUUCGACAGAAUACAUUUGU